AUGGCCAUCUCGCUUGCCAAUAACUCCUAUAGCCCGACGCGGCUGGGUUUCCCUUUGGACGAAAAGGGGCCUCAACAAAAGCAGAGUAUGUGGCAUCGUCUGGGCCUGCGACGAUGGCUGGGCCGCGAUGAUCGAGACGCUUCGCCCGAGAGGGCCGAUAGGAGACAAUCUUCUUUAUCCCCCCACAACCACCACUCCCACGGCCACCUCAACCACCGCGCCUCCUCUGCCGACAACUUCCCCCGCGCCAAGCAGGAUAACUUGACCCGCCGUCUCUCUCGCAAAGUCGGCGUCGGUCUCCCCCGAUCAACCACCUUCAAACGCCAGAUUUCCGAACGUCGAGAUCGUCUAGCCCCCCUCGAGCCUGAGCACCGCCGUGCCCAGUCCGCCGACCGCCAACAGUUGAGCAUCCAAAGAACCAGAACCCGUUCUCCACCGCCAGCCGUGGCCCCACGACUCUCCGCACCAGAGGUUCAGUGGCUCGGCCCGACACCCUCAACCACGGUCGACGACGCCGCCGAAACGAACGAUGAAAGUGAUCUCCACGCCGACUGGGAGAAUCCUUCGUACCCGGACGUGACAAUCACCCCCUCGGAGAUCGAGACCGACCUAGAACCAGAGACGGAAACGGAGACGCAGGCGCCAGUGCCGGCAUCGGCACCCUUGCAGGAAGAUCUCGAGAUGGAGCUGGAGCAGCGAUGGAUCCUGAAUCUGAGUAUGCACUUCCGGGACAACUCAGGCCGGGAGAAAUUCUUCGUCACCUAUGCCGAAACACCCACAAAAUGGCGCCGAGUGACCAUCUCGAUGGAUUACCGCGGCGCCCCGCCCGACUCUCUGGAGCGAGAUUUGGAGGAAUUGCGAUACCAGCGGGACAAGUGUGCCCGGAUAUACGAGUCGAUUCGGGAAUCGCUUGCCGAGAUUCAAUUCUACGACACGGUGACGAAUCUCAAGGUGGAGACUCUCGACGGCCGUCUGCAUGUCCAUGUUACGGAGGAUGUGAACGAGACGAUACCUUAUCCGCCAAUAGCCAGUAUUCGCCAUCUAAGAGGCGCUCGACGAGUACCUGAGCGCCUCUUGCACUUUGACUCUCAUCUUUCUGGAUUCGUGUACAAGGUUCAACUGGGUGGACACCCAUAUAUCAAGAAAGAAAUCCCGGGCCCUGACACGGUGGAUGAAUUUCUCUAUGAAAUCAAUGCCCUCCAUGCUCUCAACGGCGCCCCGAACGUGAUUCGAGUGGAGGGCAUCGUGGUUGAUGACCAGCAAGAAGUGGUCAAAGGCCUGCUGAUCAGCUAUGCAGAGCAAGGUGCACUUGUGGACAUGCUGUAUGAGCAGCGUGGGCAGAUCUCGUUUGCCAGACGAGAGCGAUGGGCCAAACAGAUCGUUCAGGGUCUCUGUGAGAUCCACGAAUCAGGCUACGUCCAAGGUGACUUUACCUUGUCGAACAUCGUAGUAGAUGCAGAUGAUGAUGCGCAUAUCAUCGAUAUCAACCGUAGGGGCUGUCCGGUUGGCUGGGAGCCCCCCGAGAUUGCCGCAAAGAUUGAGAGCAAUCAGCGAAUCUCCAUGUACAUUGGCGUCAAGACGGAUCUCUACCAGCUGGGCAUGACACUGUGGGCCCUGGCCACGGGGGAGGAUGAGCCCGAACGACAACCCCGUCCACUGGUCCUUGGAUACGACGUGGACGUACCAGAGUAUUAUCGACGUCUUGUCGACAUUUGUCUCAGCCCGAUACCCCGACACAGGUUAGGAGCAAAAGAGCUUCUCCAUUUCUUCCCACCGGAUCUGCUUUUACGACGACCGCGACCUCUCAGUCGGAUUAUGCUCCCCCACGAGAUGGAGCCUACACCUGUCAUGUCAACGAGGAACGGUUUUUAUCCUUUACCCCCAGCAGAGCCACAGCCCCAAUAUCGCUGGAAGGACUCUUACGAGCAGGAGGCGCCCAGAGCACAGGUUGAAAGUCGACCACGGUCUAUGCUCGCAGAUAAUCAUGAUGAAGGAAAGCGAUCAACCAUCACUCUUGCAGAAUCAACUGGGGAUGCCGACUUUGCGCCUCGCCACUCGUCUGCUUCUACUUUGAACCAUAAUGAUCCCAACAGCACUGCCCAGGAUUGUGAUCGCAGUCAGUACCCUCUCGACGAUUCAAAGUCCGGAACGACUCCAGAUCAGAAGGUCCAAAAUGCCGUUCCAAUCUUCUGGGCCAACAACAUGGAAAACGGAACAGGCACCAACGCAGAGGAAGAGCUAUCGCCCUUGGAGCCAUCUACCAGUCAGAACACGUCGGUUGCUGUUCAAGAUCAAGACACGAAUGAUGAUCCGAAGCCCAGUCCUCCAGUUCAGUCGACUUCGGAACCUUUGCCCAUUAACGAACAUGUACCUUCACCCACUCGGAAACAUGUCAGCUUCGAAAGUGAACCGGAAAAGUAUCCUCACUCGACGAGCUCCCUCCUACGUUCAGCCCUGCCAAUAAACCCUGCCCACAUCUCGAAACGUAGGUCACUCCCAUCAGUGCUGAAAGAGGCACAAACUUCUGAUGAGUGGGUCCCCAUUGGAUCUGUUUCUUCUCUCGUCGAGUCCCGGCUUCCCAUCAAUCCUGCUCUCGGACUCUCUCAGCGCCGAUCACUCCCAGCUAUACCACGCAACACUCAACCACAAACACCCACCGCCGCCGCUGCAGAGUCCGAGUCAAUCCGUCAAAAGCUCAUAACCUUCCUCUCCGAAUCCCAACUCCCCAUCAAUCCCGCCUUCAGCGAAAAACUCGCCAACCUCUCUUAA